AGCCUCUUUGAGGACAUCAACUUGGCUGUCAUUCACACCAGAUGUGUAACCAUUCAACCCAAAGACAUCCAACUCGCUCAUUGCCUUUGUAAGUUGCUCUCAACCGUCUAUCAGUGUUUUAUGAUGGCUUCUAAUUCAUUCGAUGAUUCAACCAUGUAG